GGAAUAUCAUCGCACCGAGUGAGUCACAGAAUCACGGCAUUGCGGAUGACUGAGGCACGAGGUGUGGAUUACACAAAGGCACGAACUCUGCACUGAUUACAAUCGACGUUUGCAUGCAGCAAGAGUGGGUUCACGAUGACGAGAUCGCGGGCCUGGCACAACGUUCGUUGCUGGGCAUCUCUGGGCGACCCGGCCGAAGGUUCUAGCAUCUUGCCGUAUCAACACCGGGCAAACUGGGCAUCGAGGCCAUCGAGGAUCGAAGCUGUGCAUUACACAAAAAGAUAUGCUUUAAUUCUGAGUCGGAAGAGUGCAGAGAAACGUUACCUGGUGUCUAGAACUGUCAGAAAUACCGAAGUCCUAUUUCGAAAUCUGCACUGCAUAAUCUGGGGACGCCCGCGAAAGCCCGCAUUGCGAGGGUUCAUCCAGACAGUAGCCGUAGACUGUAGCCCGGAAUUAAAGUUCCAAACCUCAGGCCUCUCAGCCCGACUUGGAAGCUCAAUCUCAUUCGAUCCGCACUGGCCUCAUUACCUAAACGACCAAGAGAUAGCGCAGCUGAGGCGGGAACCCUUGGUCCCAAGCGUUCCGCCCGCUCAGAAUCCGAGCAUCACGAGAUCGCCUGGUGGAACGACCAAGCUCUUAACCUGGAAGGUCCAGGAGGUGCCAAUGCACCCCAGGAUCGCGGCAUUGACGCUUGGAUUUGGCAGCCUCGACACCAGACUCGGUCAGCUCCGAGCAUCGAUCCUUCCUCGCUGCUCGAUCAGCACGUAUUCUUGCAUAGACAUUGUCAGGAGGGAAGUUGUGAACGAGUGAUUCAGUCAAUGCUAAUUUUGCGCUAUGACCCGGCCCACCAGCUAAUGUCUACAGAGAUUAUGUGCAAGCCCAUCAGUCGUUACGCACCAAUGUCGUCAGACACAGAUAUGUAUAGCGAGGAUUCAUAUGGUAAACGGCGCCAGUUGAGAUGGCUGUCAAACUUUGCAUGUGAUGUAAAUGUUUCUAUCCUUACGGAUGCCUCC